CAGCAGACGGUGAAGAGAUCUUUCACACUGGGAGGCAUUGGUCUCCACUCUGGGGAGUAUGCUGCUAUUCGCGUGAGGCCUGCGUUUGCUGGAGAAGGGAGAUACUUCGUCAGAGUACCUCUUGGUGAGCGCCGCAAAAUCCCUGCUCGAUCAUACUUGCACCUAUCUAAUUUGAAUGUUUUUGGUGCCAGCGUGCACAGCGUGGAGGCGCUGCUGUCGGCGCUGGAAUGCUGCGGAGUGGACAACGCGCGCAUCGAGAUGGAGGGCGGCGAGGAGGUCCCCGUGGCUGACGGCUCGGCCAUUGGCUGGGCCAUCAAUAUCGUCGUUGCAGGCCUGCAGCCGGCACACGCGGUCGGCGACGCCAAGGGCCGCACCGAGAAGCGGCGCGCGCUUAAACCCACCCAGGCGGUGACGGUGCAGGAGGGGGACGCAUUUGUGAGCCUGUACCCAUCAAACACCCUGAAGAUCAGCUGUGGCGUGGACUGCCCGGCUGCACCCAUCAUCGGCCGCCAGUGGAAGUCCUGGGUGCCUGACCAGGAUGAGCACUACCGCUGGAUCAUCGCUCCUGCGCGCACCUUCUACACCAGCUUGGAAGUGUACAAUCUGCGCUCCCGGGGCCUGAUCAAGGGGGGCACCAUCGGCGCGGCGCUGAUUGCGUACGGCAGUGACUGGUACGAGGACGGCAUGGCGCGCUUCUAUGAAGAUGAGCCGGCCCGGCACAAGAUUGUGGACCUCACGGGUGAUCUAGCUUUGCUGUCAGGGGAGGGCUCGCAAGGGCUGCCAAUCGGCCAUAUUGUGGCGUACAACGCGGAUCAUGCACUG